AUGCGUGGUCUCGAUGAAAGCACCGAUGCCCUAUUCCGUGUCGGCCAAUCUGCCGGCGAGCAGGUGCGGCAUGGAUGGCAAGCCUUUGUCAACUUCGCAGCUCGCGACAACGUGCUUGAGGUCGCCCUCGGUUUGAUUAUCGCCAAUGCGUUCACUAAAGUGGUGACCUCGUUCGUGUCAGAUCUGGUGCUGCCGGUCGUUUCUUUGCUACCAUUUUUGAACCGAAAUAUGGAUCAGAAAUUCGCCGUUCUAUCCCAGGGGCCUAACUAUGUCGAAGGCGAGGGUUACAACACUCUCAAGCAGGCCAGGGAUGACGGUGCACUCGUUUUGGCUUGGGGAAUGUUUGUCGAGAAUAUUCUCAAUUUUGCCGGUGUCAGCUUGACUUUGUUCGCGGUCGCGCACUUGUACAUGUUCGUCUCCCACGACAAAAUCAUCAAACCUACUACUCGAUGCAGAUAUUGCAGGAAGUUUAUCAGUAUCGAGGCAAAACGCUGCGUGAACUGCUCCAGCUGGCAAGAUGGAAGGGAAGACUCGCCUCAAGAUAGCCGCAGCAGCAGCGGUAGCAACAGCAGCAAUUUCCCCGAUCGCAGUUGA